AUUGACUUCCCUGUCGUCCCGUGUGUUGUCAAAAUAAAAUUGUCUAAAAACAAAUAUAGGACUAUUAAACAAUUAUGAGAAUAAGUUAAUUAAUAUUAUAAAUAAUUAAGUGAUUGUAGAAUAAUUUAGGAGGAGUUUAGGAGUUAAAGUUGGGUACUUUUAGUGAAAACCGACCAUUCUAAAAAUAAUUUAAAACAAUUUUUGUUAUAAUUCAAUUAGGCUCUGUAAAUAAUUUAAAAUGAAAGUGGUGCAGUUUAACUAAAUUCAAACAUUAUGGUGCAUAGUAAUUUUAAAAGAUAGUGUAUAAUGGACAUUAAGUUAACAAAUAAUGAGAACACAGAGGAUUUCGUCAGCUCCACUGGGUGUAAUUCAAUUAACAGCCCUCGAAAUUCCCUCGAAGACGAGGAAAGCAGCGAAAAAAAUGGAAAUGCCUUAACCGCAAAACCAACCUUUAAAAGUGUCCUGCAAGCCAAAAAAAGACUGCAAGCUUUUUCCAGUAACAAACUUUUAUUAGCCAGUAAUUCGCCCAAAAAAACGCCUGAAGAAAUCGACAAAAAUGAUAAAAUUUCACCUAAAAAGGCAAAAAAAGAGCUUUAUCCAGAUGAAAAGUUUAAAAGUACAAUUAAAGAAAUCGAAUCCAUAAAAAUGUCUUCAGGUUGUAAACGGGUAAAACCUGAACGUGAAAUACUGGAUGAAAUAAAUAAAAUUAACAUUGAUUUAUCGAAAAGCAUGUUUAGUUUGUCGUCAACAUCAGAAAUUAUAGACGCAGAUAAUCAUUUUCGAAAGGUGGAAGUUAAAACUCGAAAUUAUCGGAAAACCGAUGAAAUUAAAGAAUCAUCUCCUCGUGAUGAGAAAAAAAGUCAUAAAAGUCAAAAAAGGGAUAGUUAUCCUAAAAAUUGGCUUGAAUAUAAGGAACAAAAAUUUAAACCUGGAAAAGAUUCACAGCUAAAAACUGGUACAAUUUCAGAUUUUAUCAAGUUUUUUACUUUUGAAACGCCAUCCCCCGCUACGCCAGAUGUAAAAUAUAAAACUGAACGAGGGAACAUAUCAGUUGUACCUUUUCGAUACGUUAGACAAACCAAAAUGAAACCGCACAUCUCGUUCAGCACCAACUACAACACCGUCAAGGAUAGUUUCGUGUCCAAAAAACAGUUGAUGGAUUUGAUACCUAGUGCGAGGAGGGAGUUGAUUGAAAAACUCUACGGCGGUUCAUCAAAAAAACCAUUGGUCGACGAUAAAGUGGUAGCGAGGAAAUGGUUUCCGAAAUCGUGGAAGAAAAGCGACAACGUGGAAGGUAAAUUACUGGAAAAUUCGGUGGGUCUUUCGUUCCUUCAAAGUUACUCCGACGAAGAAGACAUCGCAGAAGAAACUGCCGAAGAAAACGUUGAGGAACAAGUGAAUACUACUAAUAAAGUGGAAUCCCCCGUAAAACCAACGGUCGCACGGGAAGAAAUCAAAAGCAAAUGGGAUGAAGAUGCCUCAGAAAACAAAAAAGAGGAUACGUGGGAGGUUACGACACCGCCAAAAGUGGACAAAUCGCAAACCCCGGAACCAGAAAACGAUUGCGAAUCGAAAAGUAAUAAGAAGAGAAAAAAAAACGCGAAAAAAGAACCGCCCGGUAAAAAACGAAGUAAGAAGAAAAGCAAAGCGAAGAAAAGCGACGACGACGAUGAAAAGAGAAAGAAGAAGAAACACAAAGUGAAAGAUAUGAAGGAGAGGAAGAACAAAAAGGAGAAAAAACGUAAAAAAGAGAAAUCAUCGGACGAUAAAGAGAGCGAGGAGAGGCAAAAAUACAUCGAGGAUUUAAUAGAGCAGAUAGAUCACGUGGAAAAGAUCAAAUCGAAGAAGGAGAAGGAGCAGAAAUUGAAGAAGGAAGAGCGCAAAGACGAAGAGCCUAAGAAAUCGAAGAAGCACAAGUCUGAUGAUGAGAGCGAGAAGAAGAAGGUUGUCAAAGAGAAGAAGAGGAAAAGAUCUAAAUCGAACGAUAAAGAGAGAUCCAAAUCAAGCGACAGUAAGAAGAAGGAGAAAGAAGUGAAAGAAUCUUCGAACGAAGAAGAAGAAAGUCGCACUCCCAUCAGACCUGCCGCGGUGAAGAAGGCAAAAACCACGACUCCCGAUACCGAGGGUUACAACUCGCGGUGGGAGAGCGAGGACGAGGUUCAGGCGGUGGCGGUUAAGGAUUUGAACAGGUCCUGGGAGAGCGACGAGGAGGUUUUCGAGCGCGAGAGGAGGAACAGGCGGGAGAAAACCCCGCCCACGCUAGAUGAAGAGCUGAAACUGCUGCAGCACGAAAGUAAGUCUUUGAGCGAGGAGCGAUUGCGUUUGGAGCGCGAGAAGAUCAAGGUGCAGCAGCUGGAAAUGCAGUACGAGAGUUUGGAGAGGAAAUCCAAGGCGGACAAGAAGAAAUAUGAGGAGAUCUACAAAAGUUACAAAGUUAGCAAGGAGGCAAAACCCGACUACGACAAGUUCGAGAUUCUCGAUGUGGAUUUAAGCAAAGUGAAGCUCGAAGUCAAAGAGAUUAAACCGAACGCAUUGGAAAACGAGUAUGAAGAGUUCAUGAAAGCCGUCACGGAUAAAGAGGUAACCCCCACACACGACGUCAAGCUGGAAACAACUCCCCCGCGCGACAAAAAAAUCGACGAACUGACCAGCACCCCGAAACCGACUAAAAACACAGUAGAGUCCGUCACACUGCCACCCACAGACAUACCGUUACCCCUCCCGUUACCGCUUCCGUUACCCGUACCGAGUCCCCGAACGGACACAAUUCCGACUAACACACUGACCGACAAAAACAUCGAAAACGCGUCGAUUAACCUCGAAAUCCCCGUACCGUCUCAUUCUUCUCCGAUCAAAACCGUCGCGUCCCCGAACAUAGACAGCAACAGCUUCGACAUCGGCGAGAAGAAGCCGUUCGUUUUCUCAAUACCGACGAAGAAGCAACUGAUCGACACCAAGUUGAAUCUCGACGACGAGGAUGACGAAGAACCGCGAAGAUUGACCUCCAUGGAGGAGAUCAACGAAAUCAAAAAAGACGGAGACGUCCUACUGGGUAUGGUGGUCGUCGACGAAGUCAAGAACAAAGAGGAGAUCAAAAAGAAGGAUCCUCCCGCGGCGGCGAAGAAAAAGGACGAGAGGAGACGCAGUAGAUCGCCGCGGAGAAGAUCUCCGGGUAGAAGAAAUAGAGAGUCGCCGGUUAGAAAACGCGGCUUGGGCUUGGGCGGCCGAAGAUCACGUUCUCCGCGCGGCAGGAGAAUCUCUUCGCCGCGCAGAAAACGCAGCGCUUCACCGCGUCACAUAAAGCGCCGAAGCAAGUCGCCGAAGCGCAAGCUAUCGCCUAGGAGGCGUAGCUCGUCUCCGCGACCUAAGAGACGUAGAUCUUCGCCUUCGAAGGAAAGAGCGAAAUCUCCGUCUCUGGGUGGCUCGAAGAAGAGCGUGGCCGACUCCACCAUCUCCGACGAUCUGCUGCCGCAGCCUAGUCUGCACGAGGAGUACUCCGAAUCUCCCAUAACGCGUUUCAACGACAGGAACCGGCAGUCCGACUCUCCUAAGCGCCCGUCGUUAGACACGCGGAUAAAUCAGCUGUGCGGUCUUCAGAAGCAACCGCCGUCGCCGUACGAGCACCAUUACGGCGCCUACGGUCAGUAUCAGCUUCAGUAUGGGGGAGGCUACAACGCGAGCUCCCCCAACAUCCAGGUGCCCAUCACCAAACCGCAAGUCAAUCAGGUGGUGCAAGUGGGUAAUAUGUUGCAAAUCGUGCCCACCGAAGAUAUUCCCGUGCCCAAUGUGAAGCCCCCGACGCCGCAACUUCAUCAUCAUCCACAUCCACAACAGUCAGCACCUCAUGCGCAACAUAGGCAGGUGCAACAGAUCGUACAGGUGGGCAACAUGCUUCAAAUAGUUCCUCAAAACUUGUCCCCCGAAAUGGCGGAAAUGGAGGCGGCACAAAUUCAACCGCCCCCGCUUCCCCUGGAGGAAACGUCAGCCGCGGAAAAAUCCUCCAUUGAAGACGUGAUGAAGCUGAAGAACGCCGAAAGGCGCGCCGAGAGGGAAAAGAGGAGACAGGAGAGGGAGAGGAGGAGGAAGGAGAAGGAGAAGCGCAGGAAGGAGAAGGAGAAACAGAAGCAAAUAAAGAUGAAGCUACGUACCGAGAAUUUGAUCAAGAAAGCGCUUCAGCGAGAAGAAGAAGAGGAAGAGGAAUACCUCGAGGGCGAAGACGACGAGCCGGCGUCGUGGCUGACCGCGCCGCCGUCGGUCGUGUUCGAUUCGACGCGCGAGGCCGAGAGGAGCGCCAUGCUGCACAGAGGGGACUGCGCAGCCGGCGAUUGCGAGUCGGGCAAGAAGCGCGUGCGUUUCGCGGACGGGGUGUGCCCCGGCGAGGGCACGUCGCCCUCUGGCGGCGAAGAGCUCUCCUCGCCGCCUCCCACGCCCGUCAAGAGGCUGAAGAAGACCAAAGUGCCCAAGAAGGUCAAGAAGAAGAAGAUCAGGGUAAAGGUCGUCAAAAGACAAGACGAAUCCGAGGAAGAAGACAACCUGCCGCCCCCGUCGCCGCCCCCGGGCUCGCCGCCCCCGCACCUUUACCCCCCUCGCGUCAAAACCCACACGAUCAACAACAUACACCCGCAGCAGCAAUUCGUUGCCAACAUGUCAGGAGGCGGCGCAGUCGCGCCGCCAUACGCCGCCUCCGCUGCUUUGUACGCUAGAGCGCCGCCGCCGGUCGGCAUCGGCAUGGCUCUGCCGCCGCCCCCGCCUCCCCAAGUCGUUCACGCGCACGCGCCCCCCCACGUUUACCAGACGCCGCCACCGCCGCCCAUGGGGCAGAUCAACAUCUACGGCGCGCCGCCCAGACCCCCUCCAGGUCAGUAUCUUCAAGUACAAGAAAGAAGAAAAAAAACGAGGUGGGAGUCCCUGGACAUAAUUGUGUAAAAUAUUGUGUACUUGUAUUAAAUUUUAUAUAAUUAAUAAUUGUUUUUAUUAUUUGAAAUUGUAUUCGCAGUUAUUGCGAAGUAUCGAUUUUUAUUGUAUAAAAAUGUAAUUCUCUAUUACCUAUACCAAUAGGUUUAUUUGAAGGAGUUUAAUUUGAAAAAUAAAAUAUUUUUACAUAUGGUUAA